AUGGCUACGACCACGCAUCCAACCACCGCGCAGCCUGCUCACUUAGCUGUGUCGAUUCAGCAGGGCCAGAUUGAAAUGGCUUGGUCUGCUGCACUUGCGCAGCUGCACACCGGGAAGUCUACUGUUGACUUGCCUAAGCAACUCACCUCCCUCAUUGGCGAACAAGGUCUCCAUGAGAUCCGCUGCCGCUAUAGCUCUUUCAUCAAUGCCCGCGGCACGAUGUUCUGGGAUCCUGACAACAAUGUCUGGCGCUUUCUCCCUCCUCCUCACUUCAGUGGAGACACCGCCAGCUCAGCUCAGUCUGCCCAGUCUACUGUGACUCAGCCUCCUCACUCUGAUGGACAUUCCGACAACUUUUCCCAGUCUGCCCAGUCUGCCAUGGCUCAGCCCGCUCACUCCGAUGGACAUCCUGACAGCUUCUCUCAGUCUGCUCAGCCUACUAUGGUUCAGUCUGCUCAGUCUACUAUGGCUCAGCCUCCUCAAGUCAUCCACUCUGCCGUCGCCAUGCCGCGCCUGGAUCUGGUGCAGAUUGCGCGCGAGCCCAACCGUCGCAGCCGGCCCCCUCGUCCUAUGAAUGCUUUCAUGCUCUACCGCAGGGACAACCACCCUUUCGUCGUGGCAAACAAUCCAGGUGCUCACAACAAUCGUAUCUCUCAGAUCAUUGGCGCGAUGUGGAGGAACGAGACUCUUCAAGUCAAGCAGCAGUACAGAGAUAUGGCUGCUGCUCAUGCUGCCCACCAUCGCCAGGCCUUUCCGGACUACCGCUAUGCUCCUCGCAGGGCAACUGACAUUAAGAGGCGCAAGACUAAGGCCAAGGCCAAAGGAAAUGUCUCCGGGGAAUUCAAGGUGUCUGAUGCUCCGCUGAACUUUGUUGAGCCGAGCGUCCUUGAGCAGAAGGCCCGCAUUGUCGACUCUCUUGCUGGUGGAUCGGAUCGCCCCACUUCCGUCGGCAUGAAUGCCCAUGACGCCUUGUUGAGUAUGAACACGUCCCCGCCCAACCUUGGCUGGAUCGACAUGGGUAUGGCCAGUCGUGUCGACCAGGAGGCUUACGCUGCGGUUCUUGACAACAAUGAACUCCUCCCGCAGGCUGAAGCUAACGCUGCUGCCACCGCUUCUCUUGCGGAGGAGAUCGCCACUGGCCAGUCUGCGCUCUUCAACAGCUCUCACCUAUUCAAUGGAGCUUUCGAGCUCAGUGCCACCACUGUUCAGGAUGACUUCGAUCCCUUCGCCGCUGCUUCCCAGCGCAACUCGGAUCUUGUCGCGGAAGGCAUGCUGCAGUCCUUCAACAACGGCUUCAACUUUCCUGAGCGUGAGGCUUGA